AUUUAAUAGCGUCCCCCUCUUGUUUCGCCUCGGAAUUUAAAGUGUGUGUUCAUAUCUGAGGGGACUUUUACAUUCAAAUUAAGUAUGCCGUGUUUUUUUGUUUUUUUUACCCAAAUCAACUCAAAUGUAUGUAUGUUUGUAAAUCAUAGCAAAUCUUAGAAGCGUCAAAUUGAGUACUUCUGGGGCGACAUUCUUGAUAACUUCCGGGUCACAUAUCCGAAGCGCCAACAAAGCUGGCUAAUUAUUAGCUUUCUCCUCAGAAUGUAAAGAGUGUGUGUUACUAUCUGAGAGGACUUGUACACUUAAGUCAAAGAUGCGGUGUUUUGCGACUCAAAUCAACUCAAAUGGUAAAGAGGAGGUGUGCGGUUAAAGCGGCACCCGCAUUACGCCCGGGAUGGCCUCCUUUGGCUGGAAGAGGAAAGUCGGCGAGAAGGUGUCCAAGUCGGCGGCGCGGCAGUUUGAGGAGGCCGACAAGGCUCCAGACCCCGGCGCAGAGCAGGACGAGGAGGUGGACUGGCUGCACGCCAUCAAACGGCGCCGGGAGAUUCUGCUGGAGGACUGUGCGACCAAUAGCAAGAGGCUGAAGGAUGAGGGGACGCUGCUGGCCGAGCAAGGCAGGCACUGGGAGGCAAUCAAGAAGUGGGACGAGGCCAUUCAGCUAACCCCAGAUGACCCCCUGCUCUACGAGAUGAAGGCCCAGGUGCUGACCAUCCUCCAGGAGGUCUUCCCCGCCAUCGAGGCAGCAGAGACGGCAGCGAAAUUGCGUCCCCUGUGGUGGGAGGGCUGGCAGACUCUGGGCCGCGCCCAGCUGAGCCUGGGGGAGGUGGACCUGGCGCUGAGGUCCUUCCAGGUGGCCGUCCACCUGUGUCCAUGGGAGCGCGCCUUGCGGGAGGAGGACCUGGUGUGGGCGUGGACGUUGCACAAGCAGAACGCGCCUGCCAGGGAGAAGACCCGACGAGAGGAGGAGGCCAAGCGGCAGCUCCUCGACGCCCCCGAGCUCCGGCAGGACUUCGACUUCGAGUCCGACGAGGUCCUGGACGCGUGCGUGGCCGUCGCGGAGCGGCAGACGCGCUACGAGGAGCUGACGGGGACCGCCGUGGUGGUGGACGCAGAGGGGAACGUCCAAAGCGUGGCGGCGCCCAGCGAGGGCGGGUCCGGGGACUCGGCGGCGGUCCCCUCGCAGGAGCGAUUUGUCAAAGCGAGAAUCUGAUGGGCUUCGGUCAGGCGUCACGGUGCCCCCGCUUUGUGAAGACAUUAAAAACAUCAUCGCAGGAAAGCGCCAGAUUCUGCAAAUGCUUCACACGCGACUAAACACACACACACACCUGGACGCUGCACUCUACUGGCCACAGCAUUAGGGACACCUGCAGCACCUAAACAACAAAUACAUUCAUGCCCAGUUUGGAUUUGCUGGAUUGCAUCUCAUAUUUUCACCCUCAUAUUGCCAAAUUCAGAGGUCAAAAUAUUAGAAACGGUGCAGUCGUCCAUCACUGCAAAGCACAACAACGUAGAGCCUGAGCGUUCGUCUUUCUCGUGGCGGAAUUUUGCGAUGCAGGGCGUGUGCACACUCAUCCGUGGCGCGCACGCUUUGCAGUAUCGUAUACAGCGGGGGUGUCCAAACGUUUCCCAGUGAGGGCCACGCAGUGAAAAAUUAAAAGGAUGCAGCUUUGCCACUUUGAUCUUUUCUAAGAUAUGCUAAGAACUUUGAUAUAUUUCAAGAAAAAAACUGCAUCUGAGCUUCGUGACGCGGGUAAAAAAAAGCCUCGCGUGAGCUCAACUUCACGCUUUGCUCCUCUCUCCCCCCCCCCAAUUGUGCUGUUUUUCUUUUUUCUUAAAUAAUCUUUGACCUUUUUCUUCUGGUAAUUGUAUGACUUUAUUCCCACCAUAGUACAACGUUUCUCCAAAAUGUACAAGUUCAUUUCAUGUUGUUUCUCAUACGAUGAUGACUUUAAAGAAUAGUUCUUUAGUAGUCCAACUCUGCUACUAAAAUAUACUGCUUAAAAAAAUUAAAGGAACACUUGGAAAACACAUCAGAUCUAAACUGGGGGGGAAAUGAUGUUGAAUAUGUUUCCUGAUAAUAAGUGGGUGAUGUAUUAGUAACAAAAU